AAAGCCUUGACUCGAUCACACAACUCUCGCUAGUAGGCCUGACUCUCUCGCAGCAGUCAGUGACUACAACUUCGCCAGCUCUAAACGAGCGACUCUCAAUACUACUGACAAAAUGAAUAACUCCCAUUGGUUGGAUUUAGAUCUAAAGGAUUGCUUCACUCCCGUCGAGUGUGGCACCACCAUUAUGGCCGCCCAGUUUGCGGAUGGCGUGGUGCUGGGAGCCGAUUCCCGCACCACCGCCGGCUGCCUGGUGGCCAAUCGUGUGACGGACAAAGUGACCCGGAUCACGGACAAUGUCUACUGCUGCCGCAGUGGCUCCGCAGCGGACACCCAACAGCUCUCUGAGUUGGUCUCCACUCUGAUGUGGCAUCGUGAGAUGCACACGGGUCAGCAGACGCUGGUGCGCGAUGUGGCCGCGGAGUUUCGCGACAUAUGCUACACAAGUCGCCGUAGCCUGAUGGCGGGCAUCAUUGUGGGUGGCUGGGACGCUCAGUGCGGGGGCCAGGUCUACAACAUAUCGAUGGGUGGCAUGAUGGCGCGCGAACAGUUCAGCUAUGGCGGCUCGGGAUCCAUAUACAUUAGCGGCAUGCUGCGGGAUGGCUACCGUCCGAAUAUGAAGAAGGAGCAGCUGGUGCUGCUCUUCAAGUCGGCUCUGAAGCAGGCCAUCUAUCAUGACAGCUUCUCCGGCGGAGUAGCGCGCAUUGCGAUCAUCACUAAGGAUGGCAUCGAGCGGCGGGUGUACUACAACACCAGCACGGGCAAGGCCCAGGCAGCGGGCACUGAUCAAGACAUGGGCAAAGCCAAGAAGCGGCGCGAGUCUUAAAAAAUGCUUCUAUAUAUAGUUUUUUUUUGUAAAUUAAAAUCCAAUUGAGAUUACCCAAGACUCCAAAGAAGUCACACGUUCUGAUG